AUGGGACUGGUGAGCAGCAGAAAGCAGAGCAAAGAGAAAGGCCAGGGCUGGCGGAGCCCUGUGAAGGUCAGCACCCAGAGCAAAGCUCCUCCACCACUGCCGCCCCUGGUUGUCUUUAACCACUGUGCUCCUCCACCUCCUGAUGAACACCUGGACCAAGAGGAGCACUUUGUGGUGGCCCUGUACGACUACGCUGCCAUGAAUGACCGCGACCUGCAGAUGCUGAAGGGGGAGAAGCUGCGAGUCCUGAGGGAGUCUGGAGACUGGUGGCUGGCCAAGUCGCUCGUCACAGGAAGAGAAGGCUACGUGCCCAGCAACUUUGUGGCCCGAGUGGAGACCCUGGAAGUGGAAAAGUGGUUCUUCAGAUCGAUUAGCCGAAAAGAGGCUGAGAGGCAGCUUCUGGCCCCCGUCAACAAGGCUGGCUCCUUUCUUAUCAGGGAGAGCGAAACCAACAGAGGAGCCUUUUCCCUGUCUGUGAAGGACACCACCCCCCAGGGCGAGGUGGUCAAGCACUAUAAGAUCCGCUCCCUGGAUGAAGGGGGCUAUUACAUCUCCCCCCGGACCACCUUCCGCUCCCUCCAGGCCCUGGUCCAGCACUAUUCCAAGAAAGGGGAUGGUUUAUGCCAGAGGCUGACCCUGCCCUGCGUGAGUCUGGCUCCCCAGCACCCGUGGGCCCAGGACGAGUGGGAAAUCCCCCGGCAGUCUCUCAAGCUGGUCAGGAAACUCGGGUCUGGGCAGUUUGGCGAAGUCUGGAUGGGUUAUUACAAAAACAACGUGAAGGUGGCCAUCAAGACCUUAAAGGAGGGAACCAUGUCUCCAGAAGCCUUCCUGGGUGAGGCCAACCUGAUGAAAACCCUCCAGCACGAGCGGCUCGUCCGUCUCUACGCCGUGGUCACCAAGGAACCCAUCUACAUAGUCACCGAGUACAUGGCCAGAGGAUGCUUGCUGGAUUUCCUGAAGACAGACGAAGGCAGUAGAUUGUCGCUCCCAAGACUGAUUGACAUGUCGGCCCAGAUUGCCGAAGGGAUGGCGUACAUUGAGCGCAUGAAUUCCAUCCACCGCGACCUGAGGGCGGCCAACAUCCUGGUGUCUGAGACCUUGUGUUGCAAAAUCGCUGACUUCGGCUUAGCCCGGAUCGUCGACAGUGAAUACACCGCCCAGGAGGGGGCCAAAUUCCCCAUCAAGUGGACCGCCCCAGAAGCCAUCCACUUUGGGGUGUUCACCAUCAAAGCUGACGUGUGGUCGUUUGGAAUCCUCCUGAUGGAAAUCGUCACUUAUGGGCGGGUGCCGUACCCAGGAAUGAGCAACCCUGAGGUCAUCCACAGCCUGGAGCGUGGCUACCGCAUGCCGUGCCCGGACACGUGCCCGCCAGAGCUGUACCGCAGCGUGGUGGCUGCGUGCUGGCGGAGCCGGCCGGAGGAGCGGCCCACCUUUGAGUUCCUGCAGUCCGUGCUCGAGGACUUCUACACGGCCACUGAGCAGCAAUACGAGCCGCAGCCCUAG